AUGAAAUUUGGUCCACCAGUAUAUGGUGAACGUAUAAGUGAAGAAGAAGAAAAUCGUAACCUUAUGGAAUUAAAAUCCCUAUCUACGGAUUAUGCCCGUAAAGAAAGAAAAGAGGGUACUGGUCCUCACUUCAAAACUCAGGCUGCUACUGCAGCUUCGGCGCUUGGAAAAUAUGCUGCGGCUAUCGGACAAGAACGUUCAAAGAAUCCUACAGAAUUACUUGGAGGCCUUCCUCAUAUUGAUAAUGUUGAUAAAAAAGCUUUACUUGACAGAUUGAGAAAAGAAGUUAAAGUUAGACAAUCUAAUGAAAUGAAUGAAAUGCUAAGAGAAGUUCGUAGUGGUGUAGCCUCUCAUGUGCAGUCUGCUGUUGACAAAUUGAAACAAAUAGUGAUGUUCUCAUAG